UGCUACGCACACUUUGCGAACAGAAUUUCGAAUCGAGCAAGGACUUCUACCAGCACGUACUACCUAAGGAAAAGAUUGAUAGUUACAAGUGUAAUAUAUGUGGUCAGCGAUACGGCAGCUAAUCCUCGAUCAUCGAAACAGAGAUAAUACGCAAAGAAAGAAUAAAAUGCCCAAGAAAAUAAAAAGGAACCACGAAGAUGUUGAACACGAUCUGAAACAAACCUACACUGUCCCAAAUAAUUAUCCAUGGCACGAUAAAAUAAAUUGUGAUCCUUUAAAAAUCGAAUCGAAUAAUUGUAUUCCGAUAAUCAAAAUCGAAGACGAUUUGACGAAUUCAACGAAUACAGAAAUUCUACCGAUAGAAAGCAUAUUUCUUCCAUGUUAUGUCGAAGAUGAGAACGAUCAUCCGUGGAACAGAAUUGAAAUGAACAAUGAAAGAAACAAAAUAUCAGAAGUGCAGAGAAAUGAAAUUCUCUGCACAGGGAAAUGCUCUGAACAGAAGAAGGAAGUUGAAAAGGUGCCCGAAGGGGACAGCCAAAAAGAGGAAGUGGAUCAGAUACUAGAGACCCUACGAAAUGUCUGUCCAGUAUGUCAGAGGCAAUUCGACGACGAGAACCUGAUGCAGAAGCACUAUAAGAGGAUUCACAAGGGACCUUACACUUGCUACAAGUGUCAGAAGGGUUAUUAUUCAAUGGUGGCCCUUAGGGAGCACGAGAAGGUGUCGCACAAGGUCGACCUCACUCUCUUAGAGUGCGUCAAUUGUCUUCAGAAGUUCAAGCAUAAGCUUGGACUGAGGCGUCAUCAGCUUCGUUUCCACAGCAACCUUGAAGCGAAGUUCAUUUGCGAUUACUGCGACAAACGUUAUAAAUUGAAGAAUGAUUUGUCUGAUCAUAUCAAGAGGACUCAUACCAAACUGCCUAGCGUUUGCAAGUAUUGCGGUAAAUCAGUGAAGAACAUAGUGGGUCACGAGUGGAAACACUUGAAGACAGACAAGAAAGUUAGUUAUCAUCAUUUUUGUCAUUUGUGUUUCAAGAAGUUUACGAAUAACAAUCAGUUGGUGAAUCAUUUGGUGCAGCAUCAGGUUGGUUUCAAGUGUAACGUUUGUGAAGAGUCCUUUGAUCUUCCUUCAGCUUUGCAUAAGCACAAGGAUCUGAAGCAUAAGCCUAGCUUUGUGUGUUCCAUCUGCAAGGGGGCUUUCACUGCUAGAAGUAGUUUUUACACUCAUGUGUUGACCCACGAUGGUGUUAGACCAUAUAAGUGUGAUGUUUGCGGUGAAGAUUUUACACAGGGUUCCAGUUUACGUAGGCAUAGGAAACACCACCCUGGACCACUUCCGCCGUUGACUACCACCACGAAAAUAGCGGAAAUUGCGAAGAAAAUUUUAGAUAAGGCUUAGGAGUUCGGCGAGUAUUACUGGUUGUUGUAAGAGUGGUUUCGUUUGAAAAUGUAUAUAGUGGACACUAUGAGAAGAUGUGUAUUGAGGUAUUUUUUAAGGUGUGUAGAUUGUAUGUUGCUGAGGACAAAUUUAUUUAGGUUCCUCGAUUUAUUUAGGAUUUUUAUAUUAAUUGGAGUUUUUCAUUUUAUCAUUUCAUUUAUUGGAACUUGACGUGGAUAUCUUGAAGAGAAAUUAUUAUAACUUUUAUUUGGAGGAUUUAAGUAUAUUAAGAUAAUAAUAUAUUAUUAUAGUGAUAUACUUGGUAUAAAUACUUAAGUAAAGCACUUAAGUAAACCUCUAAUUAAGAAGAUCAAAACUUCGCCCUUUUAUUUAGAUACUCUUCUAAGGAUUCCUAAUUUACCUAAUCUUCAUUUAUUUAUGAAGCAGAAGAAACUCACUUUUUGUAAUAUUACA